GCAGACCAUUAGGAGGAAGUGGUCCCAGAAGUCUUUCUUUUAUCCAUUUGCAUUUUUGAUUCUUUUUAUCUUACCAUUGUCAAUAAUUUCCGGUGACAUUAUUCCAGCACUUCCUUGUAUCCAUCAGCGGACCCCAAUUCAAAGAAAUACCCGUCCAAGAUGGCUCCCAACCCGGCGGCCAAGAAGCGGAGUUCCAGAGACGACGAUUUCGUGCUGACGCUCUCUGACGACGAGAACGACACCUUCGGAAAGGCCAAUGAAGACGGCGACGACAACGAAGAAGACACGGCUCUGGCGAGCGCGAAGAAGCGCAAGAGAGACACGGCGGAGGCUGCGGCCGGAAAGAACAAGAAGCAGAAGAAGCAAUUGAAGAAUGGCAAGUCGAAAAAGGACGCUGCCAAGCCGGCGGAAGAAUCUGCCGACGAGGAGGAGGAAGCCGAGGCAGAGAAUGCCGGCGAUGACGACGGCGCGCUGAACCCCGAUUUCGAGUUCGACUUUGGCGGUAUUGCGAAUACGGUUACCGAGGGCUUCGAUGGCUGGGGCGCCGAUGACAGCAAGGCGAAGAAGGAAGACAAGGCCGGGGUCGACAUUGAUGAUAUCAUCUCGCGGCGAAAGGCAAAGAAGGAGGCCCAGGCGCAAAAGAAAAAGAAGAAGCAGGAGCUCGAGAGCGAGAGCGAGGCCGAAGAUGACGAGUCGGAUGGAGGCAUGGAGGUGGAUUUCAAGGAUGACGAGCUGCUUGCUGAUGACGGAUUCGGUAUGGGAGCCGACGGUGAGGCUGAGUCGGAGGAUGAGAAUGAAUCGGGCGACGAGGAGGAGAAAAGUGGCGAGGAUGAAGACGAGAGCGAUGACGAUGACGACGACGACGAGGCCGCCUCUGAUAACGACUCCGUUGCAACGCCCGUCAACCACCCCGAUGACGAUGGCUCCGAUAAUGGGUCCGAUGCCGAGAGCGAGGUUGAUGCCGAGGAAGAGGAGAAGCGCAAGGCCUUUUUCGCGCCGGAAGAGAAGACAACCGAACAGUCUUCGGCAGACCUGGCGAAGAUGUCGUUCCAAGAGUUCAACCUCUCGCGACCAAUCCUCCGUGGUUUGGCCGGCGUCAACUUCUCCAACCCGACCCCCAUUCAGCGGAAGGCAAUCCCCAUGGCUCUACUGGGCAAAGACAUCGUCGGUAGUGCCGUUACGGGUUCUGGUAAGACCGCUGCCUUCGUUGUGCCCAUCCUGGAGCGUUUGCUCUUCCGUCCGCGCAAGGUUCCCACUAGUCGCGUCGCCAUCCUGAUGCCCACUCGUGAAUUGGCUGUCCAAUGUUACAAUGUGGCAACGAAAUUGGCCACUUACACCGACAUCACCUUCUGUCAGCUGGUUGGUGGUUUCAGUCUGCGUGAGCAAGAGAACAUCCUGAAGAAGCGACCCGAUGUGAUUAUCGCCACCCCCGGUCGUUUCAUCGAUCACAUGCGCAACUCGGCCAGUUUUACCGUUGACACCCUCGAGAUUUUGGUUCUGGAUGAGGCCGAUCGAAUGCUUGAAGACGGUUUCGCCGACGAAUUGAACGAGAUCUUGACCACCAUUCCCAAGUCCCGGCAGACCAUGCUGUUCUCCGCUACCAUGACGGACACGGUCGACAAACUCAUUCGAGUCGGACUCAACCGACCCGUGCGACUGAUGGCCGACUCCAAGAAGAAUACCUCGGCCAACCUGGUUCAGGAAUUCGUCCGACUACGGCCAGGCAGGGAGGACAAGCGAUUGGGAUACUUGCUCUAUCUGUGCAAGGAGAUCUACACGGGACGAGUAAUUGUGUUCUUCCGACAGAAGCGCGAGGCCCAUCGCGUGCGCAUCGUGUUUGGACUGCUUGGCCUGAAAGCGGCCGAGCUUCACGGUAGCAUGAGCCAAGAACAGCGUAUUAAAAGCGUGGAAAACUUCCGAGACGGCAAGGUGGCGUUCCUACUGGCCACCGACCUGGCGUCCCGUGGUCUCGAUAUCAAGGGAGUCGAGACGGUCAUCAACUACGAAGCGCCGCAAAGCCACGAGAUCUACCUGCAUCGAGUGGGACGAACGGCCCGUGCCGGUCGGUCUGGUCGCGCCUGCACGAUUGCCGCCGAACCGGACCGCAAGGUUGUGAAGGCGGCCGUUAAGGCGAGCAAGGUGCAGGGGGCCAAGGUGGCCAGCCGCGUGGUGGACCCGGCCGUUGCCGACGAUUGGGCGGCGCAGGCCAAGGGACUGGAGGAGGAGAUCGACGCGGUGCUUGAGGAGGAGAAGCUCGAGAAGCAGCUGUCCCAGGCGGAGAUGCAGGUGAACAAGGGCGAGAACAUGAUGAAGCACGAGGCCGAGAUCAUGUCGCGACCCAAGCGAACCUGGUUCGAGACCGAGAAGGACAAGCGCGCCGCCCGCAAGCUGGGAGCGACGCAACUGAACGGACCGGAGGCGGGCAGCAAGAAGGACAAGCAGAAGCUGAGCAACAAGGACAAGAAAAAGCUGGACGACACUCGGCAGCGACUGGAAGGCGGCGCCGGGUGGAAGAAGGGCAAGGCGGAGCGCGAGGCGCCGAAGAACCAGUCGAAGCCGAAGGGCAACAAGAAGAAGGGGAAGAAAUAAGGGUGAUGCAUGUGUAGAUAGAUAGACCUUCAUCAGAAUCAUCGAGAGUUUU